UGUUUCAUAUUCCUUACUCAAGGCCAAAAAAAAUGGAGUUCUCUACUGGCCGGAAACGGGUGAUCGACAAGUUGACUCGCGGCCUUGAACUCAUCAACCCACUCCGAGUCAUGCUGAAUGGUGAUGGUGCAUUAGAACUGCCUUUGGCUGAAGGUCUUGUGGACAAAAUCUGGGAUACUUUUAAUGAGAGUCUUUCGAUUCUAAGCUCAACUGGGUCCGAUGAGGUUUCUCGAUUACCGGCCGUGAAUUGGGAUGGCCGGAAAUCUCAAGAUUCCAGCGAAAGUUGCAAGACUUUUGAGUCGAAAAAUCGGAGAGGACGAUACAAGAGAAGGACAACAACUGAGACAUGGACAAAAGACACCCCUACUUUGUUUGAAGAUGGCCACGCUUGGAGAAAAUAUGGACAAAAAGUCAUCCUCAAUGCUAAACAUCCUAGGAGCUACUUGAGGUGCACCCACAAGUAUGAUCAAGGAUGCCAAGCAAGCAAACAAGUGCAGCAAAUUCAAGACGAUCCACCAAUAUACAGGAACACAUACCUUGGCCAACAUACGUGCAACAACUUAUUCAAACCUUGUCAAGUCAUCAUGGAUUCCACUGUUAAGGAUUCUUCCAUAAUUUUGAGUUUCGGUACGGCGUCGAAAUCAACCAAACCCGUGGAAUAUUCGCCGGCAAGUCGGGUGAUUCCAACGAUUUUGUCAUCUGAUUAUUUUGUGGGUCAUGAUCAUCAUCAUCUGACGGCUGCAAUUUCAUCAGGAGUUGAUCAUGGGGAUGUGUUUUCUUCUGAUGUAUAUUCUUGCACAGCAAGUACUCACAGCAUGGAGGCUGAUAUGAUGGUAGAGUCCCUAUUUGAUGAUUUGCCUGAAUUUUGAUGGACAAACCACUUGAUCUAGAAAACAAAAGUUGUAUUAAUAACGGUUUAUGUAAAGUUUAUUUUGUCGAGUGUUUCUUUCUUGAUGUAAAAAGAUUAGAUUUUUCUUAUAAAUAAUCUGAUUAGAAUUGCAGGGCUAUGUUUCUAUUUC